AUGGAAAUUAAGUACAACAGAUCACUCAGUGGAAUUCCUGAAAAUCAAUAGUAAUAACCUUUAAGAAGAAUUACUAAGACUUAUAUAGAAAACAGAGACCCUGUGAGAAGAAAUUUGACCAUGUUGUAUAAUGAAGGUAAUUUCAUAAUAAAAUAAAGUAGACACAUAGCAAAUAAAUAAAUCUAUGCUUAGUAGUAAUAAUGAUUUAAGAAGGAAAAUGAUUAAUCAAGAGAGAGUUAAAAGAUCUCUUAAUCAGGAUGUAUUAGAAGACAAAGAAAAUGUACCUUAACACAAAGGUAUUACAACAAAACUUUAUACUCUUCCUUAAGAAUUUUAGAAUAUCAUAAUUAAACCAAAAUUCGAUCAUACAAUUCAAGAAAAUAAAAAUCUUUAAAAGUUUUAUACAGAUGAGAUAUUUUUCUAUUUAAAAGAAUAAGAAGUAAUUAUCAAUAAUAUUUAUAUAGAAAAAAUCAACUCCAUUAGAAUGUUUAGAUAAUCAUUCCAUUCCUAGUAAUUUAAGAGCUAAAAUGAUUGAUUGGAUGGUAGAAGUACUUUGUUCUUAUAAAUGUACUGAUUAAACAUUUUUUGUUGCUGUGAGAACUAUGGAUUUCUAUUUUUCAAAAAGUGAAAAACAAUUAGAAGUUUCUGAUUUACAUUUAUGUGGAGUCACUUCAAUGUUUAUUGCUGCAAAAUAUGAAGAAAUCCAUCCUAUGAAAUUAUCUGUAGUUUAUGAGAAAAUUGCUCAUAAAAAAUUAUCAACAGAUUAAAUUAAAAAAAAAGAGAGUGAAAUACUUUAAACUAUUGGAUUUGAUUUAGUUGGUGGAACUCUAUUUGAUAUGUACAAUUUAAUUCUUACAAAUUGUUUUAUUGAAUCUAAAUUACUUGAGAAAAAUUACAAAUAUUUAAAAAAGUUAUGUUUGUAUCUUUCAAAAAUGGUUUUGUAUGAUUAUGAGAUUUGUAGCAAGAAUAAUUAUACAUUAUUGGCAGCUGCUUUAAUAUUUGUAGCAUUCAAAAUAGUUGAAUAAUUAGAAAAUAGUUUCAAUGCUGAUAGUUAAGUAUGCAAUUUGAUUUAUAUUAAAGAUCAAGGAAGUUGCUUAAAUUAUUUAAGUUGAUUAAGAUUAGUUAGUAGAAGUUGCAGCAAAAAUCUUAAAUUUGGCUAAAAACUUUGAGAAACAUUUUCCCAAUUUGGAAAAUUUAAAAAAAUUUAAUGGAUUUUAGUUAGAAGAUGAUGAAUAAUGAC